AUUCUAAUGUCACAAUUAUCCUGAUUGAAUUUAUAUCGAUUUUCUCUUGAUCUUGUAUAAUAUGCAAAUGUAAUACAGCGAAUAUCGAAUCAUGAUGAAAUUUUGAACGGAAACAGGAUAUUAGAGAUCGAAACCGAUAAUGAUAAUGAUUCAAUGAGUUUAAUGUUUCAUAUUGUAAAUUCGUGUUUUUAUAGUUGCACUUAAAAAUAUUAAAAUACAUUUUCUCUAUAUCUCAAUUUUAUCGGAACACGAAUUCGAUCUAUUUCGAUCUCUGAAUUAUGUUCCUCAUUAUAUAGGGACAUUUUGAAUUGUAACAUGAUGUAUCCAUCGAUUUAUUUCAAGAAACGUACAUAAUUUGCGUUAUUUAUUAAUUAUCAAUAAAUUGCAUUCUUUUAAUAAUAACUUGAUCGUUGAGAGAGGCUUGAUUCUUUUUUAUGUAGUGGUAGAACUACAUAAAUCCUUCGUGUGAGGCGAGGUUAUAUAGUUCGCAAAACUUAACCUUCAAGUUGCAGAUAUUGCAGAGUCACAUACUGUUUUUGCAACGGAUAAAUAUUAUCUAACAAAAAAAAGAUGGGCAAGAAAGGCAAAGGAGGAGGUGGUAAUUUAGGAAAAUCUUUAAUUAGGGAUCGAUUUGGAUCUACGAAAAUUAAGAGGAACAACAAUGAGUGGCUUCACACUACAGAAAUCAAUGACGGUUACGAUUGGGGUCGACUCAAUUUGCAAUCAGUUACAGAGGAGAACUCGUUUCAAGAGUUUCUGUCGACUGCUGAACUUGCAGGAACCGAGUUUACUGCAGAGAAAUUAAAUAUUAAAUUUGUGAAUCCCAGUAGUAGUGGUUUGCUUUCAAAGAAUGAAAAGGAGAAAAUAUUAGAAAUACAAGAAAGAAACAAGGGUCUUGUUAAGAUACCUAGAAGACCCAAGUGGAACACCUUAAGUGCUCAGGAAUUACACACUCUUGAGAAAGAGGCAUUCUUAGAAUGGAGACGCAAUUUGGCCAAGUUACAAGAAGUGGAAGGAUUGAUAUUGACACCUUAUGAGAGAAAUUUAGAGUUUUGGCGACAAUUGUGGAGAGUAAUAGAACGCAGCGACGUGAUUGUACAAAUCGUAGAUGCACGCAAUCCAUUGCUCUUUCGCUGUGAAGAUUUGGAACAUUAUGUUAAAGAAAUAAAUUCUGACAAAUUAAAUAUGAUUCUUCUUAAUAAAGCAGACUUUUUAACGGAUGAGCAAAGAGAGACAUGGGCAAAAUAUUUUACAGACUUAAAUAUACGAGUGGCCUUUUUUUCUGCCACAUUAGCUGCAGAAAAACAAUCAAUAAAAGAAGAAGAAGAAGAUGAAGAUGCAAAAUCGAUAGAUAAAAAUGACGAUGAUGAUGAUUGUUUGAAUAAAAAGGAUGAAAGUAGUACUGAUGAGUGGAACUCUGAAUUUGCUUCGGAAUCAGAGUAUGAAAGCGCAGAAAAUAGUAUCAUUGACAAUGAUACAUCUACUGUAUCUAAUAUAGAAAUUGAUAAUGACAAACAAAUGGAAACUCAAUGUGCAAUGGAGAACUUAAACAUCUCUAUGAUAGAGGAAGACAAAACAAGAGAAAUAGUUAAUUCAUCGAAAUUAUUAAAUAGGAAUGAUCUCGUAGAAUUAUUUAAAACAAUUUUUGCGGGUAACAAAACCUAUACAGAUGGAGUGACAACAAUUGGUUUGGUAGGAUAUCCGAACGUUGGAAAAAGUUCUACUAUCAAUGCUUUGCUCAUGGAUAAAAAGGUUUCGGUGUCUGCCACGCCGGGCAAAACUAAGCAUUUUCAAACUUUGUAUUUAGACAAGGAUUUAUUAUUAUGUGAUUGCCCAGGUUUGGUGAUGCCAAGUUUUCUUUGUACAAAAGCGGAGAUGAUCUUAAAUGGCAUACUGCCGAUUGAUCAGAUGCGAGAUCAUGUACCAGCAAUUACAUUGCUGGCUACAUUGAUACCUAGGUACAUUCUAGAAGAUCUUUAUGGUUUUAUGUUACCUAUACCAUCCGAGGGAGAAAACUCAAAUCGUGCUCCAACUGCAGAGGAGCUUUUAAAUGCACACGGUUAUAAUAGAGGUUUUAUGACGCAGAACGGUCAACCAGAUAAUCCACGUUCAGCCAGAUACGUUUUGAAAGAUUUCGUUAAUGGUAAAUUGCUAUACUGCGUUGCACCGCCAACGUUUGACCAAGAGCGCUUUCACACGUUUCCACCGCGACGUCGUAAUAUAUCCAUGAAUAAACACGUACCACCCCGAACGAUUCGCAUAAAUGAAGGAUGUCGAGUAACGGUCAACGCUGUAGAUCGGAAAUUUUUCCAAGAUACACACAUUAAGAAGAUUCGCGAACCUGUGCUGCAAAACUCUACAAUGUAAUGUCAAAAUGUUGACUUUAUUUAAGUAGUCUCUCUUAUAUAAUAGUGUGACAAUAUAAUCAAAUAAUCUAUUAAAAUGUGUUCGAAUUCUAAUCAAGUGACUUUGUCAUAC